AAAGAAAUUGAUGUUCGGUCUUCUUCAUUCUUCAAUUCAGAGAUUAUUUUAGCCGGUGAAUUUUGUUGCAACACUUCUCAGCUCAAGUGCCACAAGAGCAUAAAAUAAAAACACAAAUUAAUUUUGUGUUUCGGUGGUUUAAAUUUAAUUUCAAACAGUAUUUAAAUUUAUCAACAACAAAAGAAAAAAAAAUGUCAUUUAAAUUGGUCGCCGCUGUGGCACUCCUUUGCUUUUUUGCAUCGGUAAACGGUGCUGAAGAAGAUGUUCUAGAUCUUACCGAUGACAACCUCGCCUCUUCAUUGGCUGAACAUGAAACAACAUUGGUCAUGUUUUAUGCACCAUGGUGCGGACACUGCAAAAGACUGAAACCCGAAUAUGCCAAAGCUGCUGAAUUACUUCGCGGUAAUGAUCCACCAAUUGCUCUCGCUAAAGUGGAUUGUACCGAAGGUGGAAAGGAAUCUUGUAACAAAUACUCCGUCAGUGGAUAUCCAACUCUUAAGAUUUUCAAAAAUGGCGAAGUUUCUCAGGACUACAAUGGCCCACGCGAAGCAGCUGGUAUUGCUAAAUAUAUGCGCGCACAAGUUGGUCCAGCAGCCAAAUACUUCCACAAACCGGAAGAGAUUGAUGCAUUCUUGAGCGUUAAGGAACCUUGCAUCAUUGGUUACUUUGAAAAUGACGAUGACAUGUACAAAAUGUAUCUUAAAUUUACUGAAAAAUAUAGGGAGAAGUACCGUUUUGGACAUUCCAGUUCACUACCCGUUAUGAACCAUAUUGACGAAAAGAAUGUAAUUGUUCUUUACCGUGCACCACAAUUGGCAAACAAAUUUGAACCAGCUUCUGUUAGGUUUACAGGCAAAUCUAGUGCAGAGUUGGAAGCUUUCAUCAAAGAAAAUAUCCAUGGAUUGGUUGGUCAUAAAACUCAAGAUGUUGCUAGCGACUUCAAGAACCCCAUUCUCACUGCCUACUAUUCAGUUGACUAUGCCAAGAAUCCUAAAGGAACAAAUUACUGGAGAAAUCGUGUUCUCAAGGUUGCCAAGGAAUUCGCUGGAAAACUUAACUUUGCCAUUGCUGCCAAGGAUGAAUUCCAACACGAAUUGAACGAAUACGGUUACGAUUUUGUUGGUGAGAAGCCAGUUGUACUUGCUCGUGACAUCAAGGGUUUGAAAUACACAAUGAAGGAAGAAUUCUCUGUUGAAAACUUGCAAGCUUUUGCCCAAAAAUUGUUGGAUGGAGAGUUGGAACCUUAUAUUAAGUCAGAACCAAUCCCAGAGAGUAAUGAUGCUCCAGUUAAAGUUGCCGUAGCAAAGAACUUUAAUGAGCUCGUAAUUAAUAACAACAAAGAUACACUCAUUGAAUUCUAUGCACCAUGGUGUGGUCAUUGCAAAAAACUCACUCCAAUCUACGAUGAACUUGCCGAGAAAUUGCAAGGCGAAGAUGUUGUCAUUGCAAAGAUGGACGCUACUGCUAACGAUGUUCCACCAGAAUUCAACGUGCGUGGUUUCCCAACUUUGUUCUGGUUGCCUAAGGACAGCAAGGACACACCGGUUGCUUACAACGAAGGCCGAGAAGUCAAUGAUUUCCUUAAAUACAUUGCCAAGCACGCAACUAGUGAACUCAAUGGUUAUGACCGCACCGGAAAAGAAAAGGUGAAGAAGGACGAGUUGUAAGAAGAUUGGAACUCUUACCAAUAUUCAAUCAGGUCCUUACAAUUUAGUUUCAUAAACAAUAAGUUCCACAAAUCGAGUGAAAUGCAUAGUAUGAUAAUGUUAAACAUUGUUGGACACUGGUGUUCUUAUAAUUUUUUGCUAGAACAAAGCAAGCAUAUCCAGUGAGAAACAAAGUCAGAUCAAUUUAUAUUUCUUUUUUUUUUUUGUAUUGUUUCUCGUUAAUAACUCGAUUUCUUUGUAUGUUUGUGUUAUCAUUAUUAAAAAAAAAAAUUCCAUCUAUCGAACCAGACUUAAGCACUUUUACAUUUAAUCUAAUGUUAUUUGUAAAAUGUUAUUCAUUUAAACACAUUUUCCAUUUUAACAACUAGUUUACAAAUUUUUUUUCUGGAUAGUGGAUAGUGAUAAAAUCAGAAAUUUUAGAAUAUAAAAUAAAAACAAACUCUUUUGUAAUUAAAAAAUUGGAAA